GUGGGCGGGUCUGAUGGCCGUUCUCGAGGAGCUGUGGGCGUGGCUGAAGCUGAAGGACGAGGAGCUGAUUGGUCAGAGACUCUCGGGCGAGACCGCUCCAGGGCAGCAGCAGCAGGACCAAGGCAAGAGUUUACUCACUCCAAGAGACCAGGACACGGACAGCCCGAGAGACCAGGUGUGGCUGUCUCUGACAGCUUUGCCCGUGCAGACCGAGGAGGGACAAACCAGUGGCCAGCCGAGUCCAGAUGUUGUUGUGGAGGAGCGCCCCCUGUGGCCAACCAGGGCAGCGCAGGAGCAAGAGGCCACCCUGGAGCAGGAACAGGGCUGGCAGCAGCAGCUGCACUGGGCUCUGGGCAGGCUCCAGGAGCUCCAGGAUGCGGUGGAUCGCUUGCAACAGAACCUGGCCGAGGGAGAGGAGGCAGGAGGGGGAGAGGGUCACCCCGCAAAGGUCUCGCCCGCUGACCCCAAACUGGAACACUGUGAACAGUCCACUGGAGAUGUGGAGGGCUCUGACCCAAUUACUCACGUUAUGCAAGCAGUGAGGAAGAAUCCAGCACUUACCAUUCAGCUGACCCCUGGGACAUCUAUAGAACUGCACAACUUGAGCACGCGCUGGAGAGUCCUGCCGGGAGAAAAUGGAAAUGGACCCAUUAGGCCUCUGCAGGCGACACCUCUGUCCCAGGAGUUCCUUUCCACUUCGGUGCAGUUCCCAUGGCAACGGGCAGUCACCCAGAACAACGUUCCAUAUUACAUCAAUCAUGAGCUGCAGACCACCACUUGGGACCAUCCACAAGUGACACAGCUGUUCCACUCUAUGGCUGAUCUGAACCACGUGAGGUUUUCCGCCUACCGAACAGCGAUGAAGACACGCAGGCUGCAGAAGGCCCUGUGCUUGGACCUGUUAGACCUGGGCAUGGCCCAAAGUGUCUUUGACCAGCACCAGCUGACCCAGAACGGAGAGUUCCUGGACGUGGCCGACAUGGUGAGCUGCCUGGGGUCUAUCUACAGCCAGCUGGAGCAGAAGCACCCUGACCUGGUCAACAUGCCCCUUUGUGUGGACAUGUGCCUCAACUGGCUGCUCAACGUCUACGACACAGGAAGAAGUGGGAAGGUGCGGGCUCUGUCCAUGAAGAUCGGUCUCCUUUCGCUCUCCAAAGGACACCUGGAGGAUAAGUACAAAUACCUCUUCUGUCAGGUGGUGGCCCUGGGGGAGUCAUGUGACCAGCAGGGGCUGGCCCUGCUCCUGAGCGCCUCCCUCCAGAUCCCGCAGCAGCUGGACGAGGCGUCCGCCUUCGGGGAGGGCAACGUGGAGCCCAGCGUCCGCAGCUGCCUCCAGCUGGUGGGCAGUGAUGGGGAGAUUGACCUGGAGCAGUUUGUGGACUGGAUGCAGCUGGAGCCUCAGGCCAUGGUGUGGCUGCCCGUGCUCCACCGGGUGGUGUCGGCCGAGAGCGCUCGGCACCAGGCCCGCUGCAACAUCUGCAGGGAGUGCCCCAUGCUGGGCUUCAGGUAUCGCAGCCUGAAGCACUUUAACUACGAUGUGUGCCAAAACUGUUUCUUCUCGGGAAGGACAGCAAAGGGACAUAAGUUGACCUACCCCAUGGUGGAGUACUGUACCCCAACCACUUCUGGAGAGGAUGUGCGUGACUUCACCAAAGUGCUGAAGAACAAGUUUCGAUCAAAGAAGUACUUUGCCAAGCACCCACGGCUGGGCUACCUGCCAGUGCAUCUCUUCCUGGAGGAGGACAGUAUGGACAUGCCAGUCCCUCUUCUCCGCAUGUGCCCAGAACAGUACGAGAUGGCUCCGAUAGCGGGCUGGGAGCGUGCCGUCUCUGCGGAGUCCGCCUUAGCCACGGGAGCAGGAGGGGAGUUUCAGGAGCCCGAGUUUAUUCUACCAGAGACGACGCACACUGCCAGCACGUCCUGCAGUCCCCUCCGCCCGCGGCAAGGUGACCACCACAAACCCGGCCCCGGCUCCAGCCCCGUCCAAGGUCAAGCCAUAGAGAGGAGCGAGAUGCCCGAGGAGCCAGAUGGGCUCGUGUCUGCCCAGGAAGAGGAGAGUUGUUAAUACAAACUUCGAGCGGAGUUCUAGAAUGUUCCUGAGCGCAACAAUCGUUCCGUUGGCAUUUCAGAUGGAUUUAUUGAACAGGCAGACAAGGAAGGUCAACCAGGACAAGUGACUCUGAGGUCUGAGGUGUACAAGAGAGUGCAUUAAAGUCAACAUCAACUACGCAAACCCAGACUGUUGUGGUGUGUGUUGUGACGUUAAGUUUAACUGUGUGUUUGGUAAUGAGUAUUGGAAUUCAACUGAAGUUCUCUGUUGCCACCCAAUAAAGCAGUAGCCCUCCCAGCUAGCAGUCUAGCCAUUGCACAUGACUUCCCCCGAACUGGAGGGGAAUGUAAAGUAUCUGCACAUAUCCCUCAUGACUGCUCUCAGGCGACUGGCUCUGUCUUGCCUGUCUAAUCAGCACAUACACUUUGUUUUCUCAUUGAACACUAGAAAAUAAA